AUGCCGCCUCUAUACUCGGCAGCACUAACAGCGGAGCUGUCCACUCCACCACACCAGCCAGUCGUCAUGCCUGCAGGAAUCAUGAAUGCCCCAGUUACGCCGGGAAAUCAAGCUUACUUCCCAGGAUACUACUAUGCGCCCCCAUACGGGUAUUUACCCCCAUACAAUACCCAAUCAUACACUCCACAGAUGGCGGCACAAAGUUAUGCUCAGCAGUCGCCAUACGCGGCUUAUAUGCCACCUUGGUGGACUUUUCCAACAUCCCAGCCGGCUUACAGUCAGCCCUCGCCUACAACGGAACCUAUGUAUGACAGAGGAAACGCAUCUAGGCCUCGUUUUUCUCCAAGCGGGGGUCCCAGCUCUACACUGAACAUCACCCCAGCUCAACCCCCUAUUACUCAGGGAACCAGCCAAGGCGGAGCAACCCCUCCAAUACAACCCAUUAACGUUGAAGAAUACGAUCUCACGAGACCUUACAAACCAGUGGACGCUACUGAUGUGCAAAUUAUGGUCUAUAAAAACUAA